AUGAUCAAGACCCCGUGCCAGCUGCCGACGCUGCCCCAGGCCGGCGGCAUGCGCAAGUCGAACUCGACACGAAGCCUCGCGUCGCUGGCCGACGUCGACGCGCUGAUGUUUGCCCAGGACGAGCAAGAGCCGACGCACGUGCGGCGCAAGUCGCUCGACAAGCCGCCGCGCCACGCGAGCGUCCCCAUGUACGCGCAGAUUCUGCUGCAGCUGUGGCAGCGCGAACUGCAACGCAGCGACGUGGCCCUGACCAGCGACUUUUUCUACGACUUGAAGGGCACGGAAGAGCAGGGCGUGCGCCUCGUGGGCCGCAUGCAGGCGCUGGGGUUCAACCUCACGGUCGCGCAGUUCCUCGCGCUGCCGCGGUGCUCGAUCUACUCGGUGCUGCUCGUCGCGCUCUGA